UCUUUAAUCCACUAAAUUUAUCUUCAGCAGCUAGAACGACACUUCUUGACUUUCCGAUGGGUCUAUGUGCUUCUGGUGAACCAAAAAACUACGAAACGAUAAAUCCCUACGAUGAAGACACCUUUCUUUGCUUUCGGCAUGGCGAAGGAACGUAUCACUACAGCAAUGGUGACACGUACAAGGGACAAUGGCGAUGGAAUAACUUACACGGACAUGGCUUUUACACACAUGCAAAUGGAGAAGUAAAAGAAGGAUAUUUUUAUCAACAUGAGUACAUCGGAAGAGAUCCUGAAAAUUUAUUUGCUGCUACAACAUGUUGCACUGGGUUAUGUUUUGGACCUGCUCAACCAGCACCUAUUGCAAGUGAUGAGGACAUAAGAAAACAAGCGAUGAAAGAAAGAGCUGAACAAAAGGCUAAAGAAAGAGAGGCACGGCAACGUCGAAGGGACGAAAUACGACUGAAGUAUUUAACAUAAUUCAGAUCUAUCUGAACGUCUAUACAAGAGACAUGAACAUUCCUCUCCAGAUAGCCAUAGGGUGUGUGAAAUACUAGAUGACCUUUUGUUCUGGAAAAUCUGCGCGAGUGAGAACGAUGCAGAAUAGGUCGUCACGCAAGUAAAUCACGCGAGAAAACGCGUAUGUUCUAAGCACCCUCUAUUAAAAGAGACAUAGCAUAUUAGGAUCAUAUUGUCCGCAUAUUCAAGAAGAGAUGUAGGUAAAGGAUAAAAGUUUGAGCCAAAGCUCUAUUAUGUACAUCGCCUGUAUAAACAGAAAUUCAAAUAGA